AUGGACUUGGCCUACGUCUGCGAGUGGGAGAAGAAGCCAAAAAGCGACCACUGUCCUUCCAUCCCGUUAGUGUGCGCCUGGUCCUGCCGCAACCUCAUCGCCUUCACCACAGACCUCAGAAACGAGGAGGAGAAAGAUCUCACCCAUAUGGUCCAUAUCAUUGACACUGAGCAUCCGUGGGACGUCUAUUCCGUUAAUUCUGGUCAUGCUGAAGUCAUCACUUGUUUGGAGUGGGAUCAGUCAGGCUCCAGGCUGCUCUCGGCAGACGCAGAUGGUCACAUCAAGUGCUGGAGCAUGACCGAUCACUUGGCCAACAGCUGGGAGAACACUGUGGGCAGUAUGGUGGAAGGGGACCCAGUUGUGGCCUUAUCCUGGCUGCACAAUGGCGUGAAGCUGGCUCUGCACGUGGAAAAGUCUGGAGCAUCGAACUUCGGUGAAAAGUUUUCCCGGGUCAAGUUCUCUCCGUCACUGACACUGUUUGGUGGGAAGCCCAUGGAGGGCUGGAUUGCCGUGACCAUCAGCGGGCUGGUGACAGUCUCUCUCCUCAAGCCCAACGGGCAGGUGCUGACAUCCACAGAGAGCCUGUGCCGCCUCCGCUGUCGCGUUGCCUUGGCAGACGUGGCCUUCACUGGUGGGGGGAACAUCGUGGUGGCCACGUCAGAUGGCAGCAGCACCUCCCCUGUCCAGUUCUACAAAGUCUGUGUCAGCGUGGUGAAUGAGAAAUGCAAAAUAGACACCGAAAUCCUGCCUUCCCUCUUCAUGCGCUGCACCACGGACCCUGCCCGCAAAGACAAAUACCCAGCAAUCACUCACCUGAAAUUCCUCGCUCGGGACAUGUCAGAGCAGGUGUUGCUUUGUGCUUCCAACCAAAACAGCAGCAUCGUGGAGUGCUGGUCUCUGCGGAAAGAGGGGUUGCCAGUCAAUAAUAUCUUUCAGCAAAUCUCCCCUGUGGUUGGAGACAAGCAACCCAUGAUACUGAAAUGGCGGAUUCUUUCUGCCACCAACGACUUGGAUCGGGUUUCAGCUGUGGCUCUGCCGAAGUUGCCAAUCUCCCUGACCAAUACUGAUCUGAAGGUGGCGAAUGACACCAAAUUCUUCCCUGGAUUGGGCCUGGCUUUGGCUUUUCACGAUGGCAGCGUCCACAUUGUUCAUCGCCUGUCCUUGCAAACGAUGGCUGUCUUCUACGGCUCUUCCUCCCAGCGCCCAGUGGAUGAGCAGGCCAUCAAAAGGCAGCGAACUGCUGGUCCCCUGAUUCACUUCAAAGCCAUGCAGCUCUCCUGGACAUCUCUGGCCUUGGCUGGCAUCGAUAGUCAUGGGAAGCUGAGCAUGCUUCGCAUCUCCCCCUCCAUGGGCCACGUGCUGGACAUGAACAUGUCCCUCCGUCAUUUGCUGUUCCUCUUGGAGUAUUGCAUGGUGACAGGCUACGACUGGUGGGACAUCCUUCUCCACGUCCAACCCAACAUGGUCCAGAACCUGGUGGAAAAGCUGCACGAAGAGUACAUGCGCCAGAACGCGGCCCUGCAGCAGGUUCUCUCCACGCGCAUUGUUGCCAUGAAGGCGUCUCUCUGCAAGCUCUCCUCCAGCACGAUAGCCCGUGUGUGCGACUACCACGCAAAGCUGUUCCUCAUCGCCAUUAGCUGCACCUUGAAAUCGCUGCUACGCCCUCACUUCCUGAACACCCCAGACAAGAGUCCCGGGGACCGACUCACCGAGAUUUGCUCCAAGAUCACAGAUAUAGACAUUGACAAGGUGAUGAUUAACCUGAAGACAGAAGAAUUUGUCCUGGAGAUGACCACGUUGCAGUCCCUGCAGCAGCUCAUCCAGUGGGUGGGAGAUUUUGUGCUCUAUCUGCUGGCCAGCCUUCCUAACCAGGGUUCCCCCGUGCGGCCGGGACACAGCUUUCUGCGGGACGGGGCGUCCUUGGGCAUGUUCAGGGAGCUGAUGGUGGUGAUCCGUAUUUGGGGACUGUUGAAGCCAAGCUGCCUCCCUGUCUACACCGCAACCUCUGACACCCAGGACAGCAUGUCCCUCCUCUUCAGGCUGCUAACUAAACUCUGGCUGUGCUGUCGUGAGGAAAAUCACAUAACGGAGCCAGAUGACACCCUGAUAGAUGAGUGUUGCCUCCUGCCCAGCCAGUUGCUCAUUCCCAAUAUCGACUGGUUGCCCAUCAACGAUGGCAUUAUCAGCAAGCUGCAGAACAAACAGCUCGUCCGGCUGCAGUUUGGGAAAGCUCCAGGGCUCGUUGGUCACACUGUCUCUUCCCAGUUUGAUGCCUUUGUCAGGGCACCCGGACAGCCCAAAAUUGAUCAUCUGAGGCGGCUUCAUUUAGGAGCGUACCCCACAGAGGAGUGCAAGUCGUGCACCAGGUGUGGCUGCGUUACGAUGCUGAAAUCGCCAAACAAAGUCACUGCGGUGAAACAGUGGGAGCAGCGCUGGAUCAAAAACUGCUUGUGUGGGGGGCUGUGGAGGAGGAUGCCCCUCAGCUAUUCCUGA